CACACCUUCUAAAAGCAGCAGCAGUUCUCACACAACUACAGGACUAGUCAGAAAAGAUACAAACACAGCAGCGAGCAUGAGGGCGCCUUAUUUCCCAGCCAGAUCUGUGCUUUUCCACAAGGAGCCAAACGGAGUUACGUACAGGGUCCCGGCACUGCUCUACUUGACCCGGUUCAGGACCUUCCUGGCCUUCUGCGAGGAGAGACUCAGCCCGUCUGACUCCCAGGCUCACCUGCUUGUCAUGAGGAAAGGCACUUUCUACAAGAACUAUGUGGAGUGGGAGGACAUGCAUGUUCUAGGCACAGCCUUCCUGGUGGGUCACAGGUCCAUGAACCCGUGUCCCGUGUACGAUGAGUUCACAGAGACACUCUUCCUGUUCUUUAUCGCCGUCCUCGGCCACACCUCAGAGUCCUACCAGCUGGUGACGGGGAACAAUGUGACCCGACUCUGCUACAUCUCCAGUACUGAUGGAGGUGACACCUGGAGUCCGGUCAUCGACCUCACCAAGACGGUCAUAGGAGAUACCAUUAAAGAAUGGGCCACAUUUGCUCUUGGCCCGGGCCACGGCAUUCAGCUGAAGUCGGGCCGCCUGCUGGUUCCUGCCUAUGCCUAUCACAUUGAGUGCAAAGAGUGUUUCGGACAGCUCUGCCAGACCACCCCGCGCGCCUUCUGCUUCCACAGCGACACCCACGGGAGAAGCUGGCGUUUCGGUGAGGCCAUACCAACUCCAGAGAGCGUGGAGUGUCAGAUGGUGACGGUGGACGAGGAAGACGGCACCAACGUGUUGUACUGCAACGCUCGCAGCCCUCUGGGUCACAGGGUGCAGGCCAUCAGUCUGGACGACGGAGCCGUGUUUCAGGAGGGGCAGCUGGUCCAACGUCUCGUGGAGUCUCGGAACGGGUGUCACGGCAGUGUUGUUGGAUUUCCUGCUCCUUUACAUCUCUGUCAAACUCUGCAGCAUUCUGUUGGACGUUGCAGGCACUGGACGUCCAUCAUGGACUCUAGCAACACGGUAGCAUGUAGCAUUUCUGAGGCAUCAACUUACCCUUCUCACGAUGCCCCUCCAGACUUCCUGACCCCUACAUGGGUGGUAUACUCCCACCCAACGUGGGCCACGGCUCGUAAGGAUCUGGGUGUGUUCCUCAGCCUGCUUCCCCGUGAUCCAGACAGCUGGCGUGGCCCCUGGGUGAUCUACGAGGGUCCCAGCGCUUACUCAGACCUGACCUACCUGGAGCUGUCGCCCUCACCCGGAGCACCCCCCGCCGUGGCCUUCGCUUGUCUCUUCGAGUGUGGUACCAAGUCAGCCUACGACGAAAUCUGCUUUAGCAUAUUUACCCUCUAUGAGCUGAUCGAUAAUCUGCCUCAAAACGUGGAGCGGACAAGUGGGACGGGUCGCAGACAGGAGUCUCGAAGUUCACCGGCAGUCCAACGAGUACCUCGUGUGAAGAAGAGAAGAGAGACGCUGAUGAAGAUGUGCUCCGUCUGUUAAAGAGUUUUGAAGUUUGAAACAGAGUCAGGUUC